AGGGAAAGAGGAGGAGUAGAUCAAGAACAUCCAACAAGCAAGAGAUUUCAACUGUAUUAAAUAAACAUCUGCACUAUUGGCUUCAGACGCGACGCUGUCGCCAGGGAAGCAGCUCCGCAACAGCAAAACGGAAAAACCGGGGCUACAGUAACCAAGAGCAGCGCGCAGUGUACAGUUUAAACAAUGCCUCCCUCUAUGAAACAAACUUGCAGUUCCUGACAGAUAGUAAACAGACUCCCGUUGUUGCUGUUUAAAGAGAUUCUCUUGUUUGCUGCCUUUUUCUUUCGACAUUGUUCUGUUCUUUUUCUUUUCUAUUUUAAAUCUUAUUUAUUUGCUCGUUUGCCAGCUGCUCCAAAUUUUUGUGAAGUGCAUUCAAGAAACCAUACUAUUUCUUUAUGGCGUCGCACCAGCAGUCAAGAAUACAAUCAUACCUGGAAAAGAACAAAAUUGGCCCUUUGUUUGAGGAAAUGAUGACCAAACUGAUAAGUGAGACCCCAGAUCAUCCUAUUCCCUUUCUAAUCAAUCACCUGCAGACUAAACAAGGCAGUCCGAGCAAGCUCCAAAGAACUCUGUCAGGAUCUGCGGCUUUGUGGGCAGAGAGCGGGACAGCAGAGAUCAAAGGGACCAGGAGGGAUUUCAGAAGCUAUGAUAAGCCAUGGCAGAUAAAUCCCAAAAAGCCCAAAAAGUCAAAGAGUGACCUUGCUGUAUCAAACAUAUCACCACCUUCACCGGAAUCAAAGUCAUUACCAAGGUCAAUAGAGCAUCCUGGCUGGGACUGGAGUACUAAACCAGAGAGCUGUGACUUUGAGGAACUGAACCUCAUCCUUCAGGAAAGCAGAAAGCUUGGAAAGGCACUGGAGAAUCUGUCGCGCUGCAUUGCUGUCUCUGAUGAAAGUGAUCAGGACCCAAGAGCCUAUAACUCAUCUCUGCUGAGACCCCGAGUAAUAGGAGAGUGGAUUGGUCGUGAGGAGAAUGAUGCUGAUCCACUGGCAGCUGAGAUGUUACAGCCUCCUGUGCCUAAAAAUAAGAAUGAGCAGUGGGAAGGCGAGGACAGCAGUGGCAGUCCUGCAGGGAGCUUGAAGAUGGAGCCAAAGAGCAAAGGUCUGAAGCAGCAGCAGCAGCACCACAAGAAGCUGCUGGCAGCAAUGCUGUCCCAGGACUCCUUCGACUCGCUCCCCAGCUUUGCAUCCUCCGUGCCCGAGGAGGAGAUUGACGACGAGGACGACGCCAUGGAACUACUGGAGGACCUUGAUGAUUUACGAAUGGAAGGAGUAACCAGCUUGGCAUCUUCUGGUAACAAGUUUAGCCAGGGUCGCAGUUCUUAUUGUCCUGAACCCCAAGCCAAAGUCACACUCAACAUCUGCUCAAGGUGUGCCAGGCUUCAAGGUGAUAGUCUGGUAGAAGCAAGAGAUGAUGAGCCGUUGUACUCCAGUGAACAAGCUGUACCAGACAUAGCAUUUCUGUUUUGUUUUGGAGCAGGUUCGUUGCCUGGGGUUGAAACUCUGAUGGAGAAUGAUGAAGAAUUUGAGAGUGCUUCUCAAGUGACCGGGCCUCGUCGACCAUUCUGGGACUCAGAUGCAAUGUAUGCCAGAAGCGGGAGCUCCCUAAGGCAGAAACAAUUGAAGGAGUCCUUCUCCACAAAGGAACUGCAAUGUAUGGAGAAGCAUCUCACUGAAGUUGAAAAAGACCUGGCCAAGAUUGCUGAAGCCACACAAGUUCGGAGCCCAAACAGUCCACACAGCAGUCUACUUCUGACACCAACUCGUCAAGGCAACCAGCAGGUGUUGCCUGGUCAGAAUUCCAGUCCUCAAACACCAGGAAGCCUUGCUGGUAAAAGCAGCCAGCUACAACUCCAAGGAAACAAACCAGCCUCCUUAGCAAACAGUAGAUCACAGACACCAAGCAACCAAAACAGUAGGCCCCAAACUCCGAACACACUCACCAGCAGGCCCAGGACACCUUCGGCUCAAGGUAGUAGACCCAUGACCCCUAACAGUUUACUGCCACGACCCCUCACUCCUAGCAAACAAGGUAACAAGGAGGGAAACAUUGGAAGCCAAAGGAGCAGGCCAGUAACACCUACAAGUCAGGUUGGGCCUCUGCUUUCACCAACGGGACUGGCUAUUGGGCAAAUAGCUGGAGAAAGUGUGGGAAAUGCUGCUACUCAAAGAAACAAUCUGUCAGAGGACGAGUCUUAUCAGCAGUUGCAGGCUGCCCAUCAGCCAUGGCUAAUCCCCAGUGACACAGACAGUGAUUGUGUGGAUCAGGCUGAUCAAGACAAAUGUAGCCAAAGUGGAGUGCGGGAUGCCAAUAAAAGAUCAGUGUUUUCAGAGGGUCGCAGUGAGCAGGAGCCUAACCCGGCAGACGCAGGGCGCCAGGCAGGACUACACCCUGGAUGGGACGCCAGUCCAUCGCAGUUUAUGAUGAAAAAACAGAAAAAGAAGACUAAACUGAUUUAAUGAUUAUGCAACACAAACUACCGGGCAUUUUGAAAAUUCUGUGUGUAUAAAACAUUGAAAUAAUAUGAUUUAUUUUUCUAACAUAUAUGAAAAUAGAUAUAUUCAGAGGGUGACUUUUUCAGAUGCAAUUAUUCAUUACCUUCAGCUUCAGACAUGUACAGUUAAUCAUUUUUAUUAAUGUUUCAUCUAAAAUAUCUCAUAUAGGACCCUAUUCAUAAAACUUUACAGACUGUUUUUUGAGUGUAUAUAAACAUUAGGCUAAACUGUGUUUAAAAGUUAGAAUACAUUUCUAGACCGUCUAAAGCAGUCCAAAAGGAUUUAGUACCCAAAGCUUUGUGAUUAGGGUCCAUAGAUUCCAAUUGAUGGGGUUGCAGUCACAUGACCCCAGCAGGCUACGCCACCAUACUGGUGGUCAAAACAACCAAGGCAGCAAAUAUAAAAACGGUAUCUUUCACAGCUAAAAGUAAUGCAUUUGCAACCAGAGAACACACUUCUUACCUCCAGUCACAACUAGAAAGAUAUAGUGGUAAGUGCCAGAUACUUUGUGACCCCUACUGUGCACCCCCAGUGAGUGAGCACACUUUGAUGUGAUUUGCUGUGUAAACCAUUCUAGUUUCUUUUUUCCUUUUAAGAAAACUUACUUACAUGUUACCAAUUAGUAAAAUAUACAUUUUCAAUAGUUUGUUAUAAAAAUAGGUGGUUGUUUAGCCCACCACUGUGGCUGCACCGGUCCGUGGUGACUUGAUGAAAACCCUAAAUUGCUUGCUCAGAGCAUGCUUCUGGAGGAUUUCAGUUAGUACUUAUUCAUAAAAAAUAGAUGUAUUUAAAUCACUUUGUAAUCACUAGUUUGUUGUGUUAGGUUUACCCUGUAAUUACAUGUGUAUUUAUUGCUGAGUGCCAUAAAGUGCUCUUUCAAGACUCUUACACUAUCUUGCCUUUUCAAAUCACACGCAUUGUCAUUAAAAUGUGAAAAUGGAUUCACGGCUAUUUAUUUACAAAAACAAACACAGCCCAGAUUGCUGUUUCAGAUGUUAUUGUGUGAACUUAACAAAACUGGUAAACCACGAAGGGAUUCAAUACAGUCAUGUCAAAACAUCUGACAUGGUGCCUCAAUACAAAAACAAAUCACUCAUUCAUCAUGCUCAUUUUAGUUCAAAACAUGUUUUGUUUUUUUUUUUUUUAAAUUUGCAAACAAAUGGCUUUCGCAACAGUGGAAGAUAAAAGCAACAGUGAGUCACAAAUGUAUUUAACCAGUGGCAAAAAAAAAUAUAUAUAUAUAGUAUCAAGCUUUAAACUUUCUGUUUGUAUGAAAAUCAAAAUAGCAAAGACAUAAACAAUUACUGUUCUCAGGAUAUGCAACAAAUAAUCACAUAUAAAGUUAAACCAAAACUGGGCCAAAACAUUAAACUUUAUUGUUAACCCCUUAGCCUCCACCAAUUAUUACAUACAGUCACAGACAUAAGUAUUGGCACCCUACGCUUAUUAUACCAUAAUUCAAGGUAACAGGUCAAGGACAAGCAUGUAGUAAAUUUAACCACUUUUUAAUAAAACAAAAAGCAAAAUACAUAAUUUCUAGUGAUUUAACAACUAAUCUUGCUAAAAAAAACGAACUUUUUUAAUUUAAAGUAUUCGUUCAUGACAAGUACUGGCACCCCUGCUUUAGUAUUUCAUGUGUCCUCCUUUUGCUUUUAUUACAAGCUUUCAGACAUGUAUAAUGGUCGUUCCAGAACUUCUGUCUUUGUUUUCUUCAAAAAUUCCAGAGUUGACCUAGCUGCAUGCUUUGGGUCUUUGUCGUGAUAAACUGUCUGCCAAUCAGCCUACAAACAGAUGGGAUCAUCGUACUUUGUAGAAUGUUUUGAUACAUGGCUGCAUUCAUUCAGUCUUCAAUCACAUGAAUGUCUCCAGUUCCUUAACUGCUAAUACACCCCCAUAUCAUGAUCAAACCACCUCCAUGUUUAACUAGGUACAAGGUUUUCUUCAUUGAAGGCUUUCCCUUUUUUCUCCAAACAUCCAAACAUACUGAGAUCUGUCCUCUAACUCACUGCAGGAAGAGCGAUUUAAAAAAAAAAAAAAGUGCUCUGGCUUUUCUGUUCCAUACCACAUCAUGGAUCAGUAUUGUUGUGUUACCUGUUUAACAAUGUGGGCAAUAAUCCUUACAUUAUCAUUGCACUAGAAUGACCAUUUUGAAAAGAGGUUUGAAACAUUAAAGUAUACAUUAUAUAAACAGUUGUAGCAACACGUGGGGAUGUGUAACGCUAUAUUUUUUAACCCCGCUUCUUACUCUUUAAUUAUUGUGUAAUGAUUUUCAAUUAAUUAAUAUAUUUUUUAAUUAGUUCUAUUACAUUUUUACAGACUUUGAAUGCCAAAAUGUUGUCAUGAACAAAUAUUUGAAAUUGUUUAAAUGCUUUUUUAUUUAUUUUUUUAUAAAGAUGGUUUGUUAAACUACCAUAAAUUGUGUUUGUCAUAUUAAUUGUCAUAUUAAUUGGUGGCUAAUGAUCACUAAAUGCUUGUAUUUAACAUGUUUUCAUGAAUUACCUUAUAUUAAGUGUAGGGUGCCAAUACUUUUUUCUGCGACUGUAUUUGUCUGCCCAGAUAAAAAAAGAAAGUAAAUACUUCUGUAUCAAUCAAACUAAACUCUAGCAUUGUUAUGCAUUAGUUCAGUGGUUUUAAAGUACAAGUGUGUAGCAAUGGUAACAGAUCAUUCUCCAUACUAAAAAGAGGUACUAAAAAUAGAGGACCUCAGUGCCUACCGGUUGCCCACAUAAAACUGCAUUAUGAGAGGUCUAAGGUUCUGAGGCCCAAAUUUAUAAAGGGGAAAAACCGACCGCAAAAAGCCACGUAAUGUGCGUGUUCAGUACGGCCACACUCAGCGUCAAAAUAACAACCUAUUUUAUAAGUCUAAUUAAGUGAAGCAGGUGAUUCCACAAUCAAACAAUUUAAAUACCCCUCACUGCAAUUAGAUGUGUUACAAGCUCAAAAUACAUCACCAGGACAAAGAAAUAAAAUAUGGAAUGUGUGGUGGCUUCUUAAACAAAUUUACCACUUCAGAGUUUGUAGUCUAGGUUGCUUAUACAUUAAGACGCAUCAUCCAGGUACUGUGCUUCGCAUAUUAGUUCAACUUCUUAUUUCAUAUAGAAUAAUUCCAGGCGUAUAGACUUUUCAAACUUCAUAAACAAUACGUUUUAUUUACUUACAUCCAUGGCAGUUAAACGGGUGGAAAAUCCUUCCAUUGUACAGCAAUAUGUUCAACAACAAUAACUCCAUACAGCUUCAUACGAACAGUCUUCAGUUUAAAUCUUCUUAAAUUCUUAUGCAGUUACAACUCUCCUAUUUCUUAUGUAUGUCUGUAUUUCUGACUCUAUGUAUGAUUUUAAAGUAUAUCUGUAUGGUCUAUAAUAUAGCUACAUUAUUCAGAUGUGCCUACAACCAGCUGUACAAACUAACUGCGUCAUCUGUCCCUUUGUCCUUUUUUUACCGUUUUCUUUCAAACUCAAAUUUAACAAUACUCCCUGAACCAGUAUUGUUAAAUACCAGAAUGCCAUAUAACAAAACAUAAAUUCUGUAGGAAUUACUAAAAUAACAGUGGAGGAUGAGCCCUCAUUGUAUUACAUGUAUAUGAGACUUUUUCUGUAGUGUGCCUCGGAAUAUCGUUCCAUCUUAAUCACUUCCACCGUUCUUAUAAUAAUGCCUACACUCUAGAAGUAAAGGCUCUUGUUAGAACCUUGUUUUGCCACUGUAGGGAGACCUUUUUAGGUGCUUCUAAGAACCUUUUUUUACAUGGAUUCUAUAUUCUCUAUUUGCAGACUUUCUUUUUUGUCAUGUAAGCUAUGAAACAUGUAUUGAAAAUUGGAGUUUGCAAAACAAUACAGUAUUAUAAACCACAAUUUACAAACGGACUUGAUCAGAAUGGUUAAAAAAUGAGUUAUUUGCAAAAUGUUAUUAAAUGUUUCUUUGUCCUUGUGACAGGGAUGGCUUUGUGGUGACGUCAGGUCAGAAACAGGAAAAAGACGCUUGCAAAAAUAAAAUAAAAGAUUUAACAAAAACACUUGCUCACAGAGCAAAAUAAAGGUUUUAAAUAAAACAAAUAUCUUACACAAAACACACAGGUCAGGCUGGGCAGAUCGCUUUCACUGAUCCUAUGUUUACUUUUUCUUUUCAUUUUCUCCUCGCUCCCUCUUGUUCACUCCUCCAAACUCCCACACAGAGUGCAGAGAGCUGCAGGCUUAUAUGCAGGUGACCAUCUCCCGAUUAGCAACAAUUAAACAUAAUUAAUUUGGGAGAUGGUCACCUUCUGCACAAGGUGCUUCCCAUCCACGCUGUAAAACAUUAAUACGGCUUUUCGCCGUCAUAUUUAAAAAUACAAAGCAAAUACACUUAUAACUUUAAAGUCUGUUUCAAAGCUCUUUUCAAAAUGUUUGCUCUAGUGCACUGGGGUUCGAAAUCUGUCCUCUAAAUCCUGCAGGAAGAGAGAUUUAAAAAAAUUAAAUAAAAAAACAAACAUGACAAGUGCCCUGCCUUUUCUGUUUCAUACCACAUCCUGGAUCGUUAUUGCUGUGUUACCUGUAUUGCUGUGUUACCUUUUUGACAAUGUGAGCAAAACUGAACCGAUUAUGUUAAUUAUCUGCCUAUCAAUGAACUUUGGUGGGCGGUAAUGUGAAAAAUCUGGAAAUUGGCGUUUAUUGCAUUUUGGAACCAAACUCUUAUAUAUCAUUAAAAAAAAUGAAAAGCCUGCCCACAGCAGGUGGUCAUCAGCAUUUGAAAAAAUCAUAUACUGUAUAUCGCUGUAAUAACAUGGAUUAUUGAGUGUCAUGUGAUCCCUCCACCGCUACCACCUCUGGUAUUUGAAAGCUGCAAGUUCACACAGGGAAAUAUUAUACAGGACAACUCUAUGUGAUGUAUUUUCUGCUUUGGAAAAACACAGCUGCCAAGAUACUUGAUGAGCUAAAGGAUCAGAUCUCAGGCAUCAGCAGGGUCAUGCCGAGGACACUGUGGUUUCUACCAGUGAUGCAGUAUUUGUCAGUGCUUUUGAAGGAUAGUUGUUUUAUCGGUCUGCCUCGCUAGCACAUUGCAAAAAUCUACAACUUGUAUUGGUUUUUAUUCCCAUGAAACAGACAGUACCCAGUAGGGUACAGUGGCAAUUCCUCAUCCAAAUGGUUCAAAUGGUGUGUUAUUUUGAUAUUUCAGAGAUGGUUUAAGAGGGAACUGACAAAGUCCAUGUGGAAAGCUUUCUGAAAAGCUGUCCCAGGAACAGUCUAUGAAUCACAAGUUAACUAAGACAUACAGUGUUCUGGCCGACAAAAAGCAUCCAUACACUGCUCUAAAUGUUAAAAAAGUAUUGCUUCAAGAAUACCCUUGUGUCUGAUGGCUUUUUUUCUCAAUAUAAUAUAGAAAUAUACAGCAACAUAAAAAUAAAGGUUUUCAAAAGGCAUCUGGUAGUUCCAUGUGUCAAUAUGUACUGUACUUAUAUGUGAACAAUAAAAAGGUGCCCCCUGGCAGAUGUCUUGAAUC